UGACAAGAAGAUCCUGGAACUCAUGUCCAACAUCAUCCAGCUGCUGACUGGAGAGGUUGCCAUAAGGACUCGUCAUGUUUCCAUCUAUUUUUCCUUGGACGAGUGGGACUAUAUAAAAAGAAACAAGGACCUUUACAGGGAAGUUAUAAAGGAAGAUCCGCUGCUGGACUGUGAAUAUGAAGAUAAGAGAGAUAUUCCAUCUGAUCUGGGAGGAACAUUAUGUUAUAAUAAUGAGCCAAGCAAGACUGGGACUGAUGGAAAUAUCACAAACCAUGAAAUUUCUCCAGCUGAACAGCCACCACCAGCCAAUGGGAUUAAAGAAGAAAUGGAUUCAUGGGACGGAGGAAAACAAUCAGAUUGCAGCAUUAAUCCAUUUACAGAACAGAUACAGGGAACAAAUACACCUACUCCUAUCAUGGGAUACAGCCUGAAUAACAGCUCUGCAGAUGAUAUAAAAGAGGAGGUGGCAUUAUGGCCUGAAGGAAACCAUUCUGAUUUCAGAAUUAUUAUUGUUUCAGAAUCAAUAAUGGAAACCAAUACAUCUGCGGCAAUGAUACGAUGCAACCUAAAUACCAGUUUGUCAGCUUCAUGUGAAGGGGAAAGCCAAUCAGAUUGCAGCAUUAAUCCAUUUACAGAACAGACACAGGGAACAGAUAAUCCUACUCCCAACACGGGGAUGUACAACUGUUCUGAGUGCCAUAAAUGUUUUACUACUGAGGCUGAUCUUCUUAGGCAUCAGGAAACUCACAUGGGAGCAAAUCCUUUUGUCUGUUCUCUGUGUAAGAAAAGUUUUGUGUGUCAUUACGACCUUAUUGUACAUGUGCGCAGUCACACAGGAGAGAAACCAUUCUCUUGUUCUGUAUGUGGGAAAUGUUUUAGUCGGCGAGUGAAUCUUACUGAGCAUUACACAACUCACACAGGAGAGAAACCAUAUUCUUGUUCUGAUUGUGGGAAAUGUUUUACUCGUCGCUGGAACCUUUCAGAGCAUCGCAAAAGUCACACAGGACAGAAACGAUUCUGUUGUUCUGUAUGUGGGAAAGGAUUUUCGUAUCACUCACAAAUGAAAAGCCACUACAGGACACACACAGGGGAGAAACCAUGUAUUUGUUCUGAAUGUGGAAAAUCGUUUACAGAUCAUGCAGGCCUUAGAAUCCACCAAAAAUAUCACACAGGAGUGAAACCAUUUUCCUGUUCUGAAUGUGGGAAGUGUUUCACCCGUCGCUCAGGCCUUACCGCACAUCUCAGAAUUCACACAGGAGAGAAACCAUACACUUGUACUGAAUGUGGAAAAUGUUUUACCUGUCGCACAGACCUUGCCAGACAUCUCAGAAUUCACACAGAAAACAAACCAUUCACUUGUUCUCAGUGUGAGAAAAGUUUUGCUUCUCACUCAGAUCUUGAUAGACACCACUGCCUUCCCAAAGCAGAAAAACCAUUUGCAUGUGCCUCAGACCUUAACAUACAUCACAGGAUGCACACAGUAGAGAAACUAUUUUCAUGUUCUGAAUGUGGGAAAUGUUAUACCCGUCGCCCAGACCUUAACUUACAUCUCAGAAUUCACACAGGAGAGAAACCAUACACUUGCACUGAAUGUGGGAAAGGUUUCCGUCACCGUGUAGACCUUAAAACCCAUGAGAGAAUUCACACAGGAGAGAAACCAUUUUCCUGUUCUGAAUGUGGGAAAUGUUUUACCCGUCGCCAAGACCUCACCAAUCAUUUUAGAGGUCACACAGGAGAGAAACCGUUUUCUUGUACCGAAUGUGGGAAAUGUUUCACCCGCAUCUCUCACCUUAACGUACAUCUCAGAAUUCACACAGGAGAGAAACCAUAUACUUGCACUGAAUGUGGGAAAAGUUUUUCACGUCGUGAUCUGCUUAAUGCACAUUUCCAGUUACACAAAAGGGAAAAACCAUUGUCCGAUAAUAAAUGUACAUAGACAUUGAUGAGUGAGUAACAUACAAUUGUGGUUCUACCAAAUUAUAAUUCCUUUUGGAUAAGGGAUGAUUCUCUUUCAAUAAAAGUUUAAAGGAAACAUAUUAUGUAAAA